UGGACUCGGGGUGGCCAGCGGUCCCGUUAACUGAGCAGAGGCCAUGGCGGUGAGCGUGUGCAGGCUGCUGGCCGUUCUGGCGGUCACCGCCACCGCCUGCGGGACUGAGGUCGAGUCCGAGCUGGGAUUGGACCUGGCGGCGCCUGACCUGCUUUUCACGGAGGGGACGGCGGCCUACGCGCGCGGGGACUGGCCCGGGGUGGUCCUGAGCAUGGAGCGGGCUCUGCGCUCGCGGGCCGCCCUGCGCGCCCUCCGCCUGCGCUGCCGCACUCAGUGUGCCGCCGACCUGCCGUGGGAAGCGGACUCCGGCCCGUCCGCGAGCCCGACCCAAGCUCCCGGCGCCGCGGCCCUGCAGGACCUGCGUUUCUUCGGGGCCCUGCUGCGCCGUGCCGCCUGCCUGCGCCGCUGCCUCGGGCCUCCGGCCGCACACUUGCUCAGCGAGGAGCUGGACCUGGAGUUCCACAAGCGGAGCCCCUACAAUUACCUGCAGGUCGCCUACUUCAAGAUAAACAAGCUGGAGAAAGCUGUAGCAGCAGCACACACCUUCUUCGUGGGCAAUCCUGAGCACGUGGAGAUGCGCCAGAACCUAGACUACUACCAAACCAUGUCUGGAGUGAAGGAGACCGACUUCAAAGACCUGGAGGCCAAACCCCAUAUGCUUGAGUUUCGUCUGGGAGUGAAACUGUACUCAGAGGAGCAGCCAGAGGAGGCAAUACCCCACCUGGAGGCAGCCCUGCAAGAGUACUUCGUGGCCUACGAGGAGUGCCGUGCCCUCUGCGAAGGCCCCUAUGACUAUGAUGGCUACAACUACCUGGACUACAACGCUGACCUCUUUCAGGCUAUUUCAGAUCACUACGUCCAGGUCCUCAACUGUAAGCAGAGCUGUGUUACCGAGCUGGCUUCCCACCCAAGUCGAGACAAGCCCUUUGAAGACUUCCUCCCCUCACAUUAUAAUUAUCUGCAGUUUGCCUACUAUAACAUUGGGAAUUACACACUGGCUAUUGAAUGUGCCAAGACCUACCUCCUCUUCUUCCCCAGUGACGAGGUGAUGAGCCAGAAUCUGGCCUACUAUGCAGCAGUGCUUGGAGAAGAACAGGCAGGCUCCAUCAGCCCCCGUGAGAACGCCCAGGAGUACCGACAGCGCAGCAUACAUGAGAAAGAACUGCUUUUCUUCGCAUACGAUGUGUUUGGGAUUCCCUUUGUGGAUCCGGAUUCAUGGACUCCAGAAGAGGUGAUUCCCAAGAGACUGCGAGAAAAACAGAAGUCAGAACGGGAGACUGCUGUUCGCAUUUCCCAGGAGAUCGGCAACCUUAUGAAGGAGAUCGAGACUCUUGUGGAAGAGAAGACCAAGGAAUCAUUGGAUGUCAGCAGACUGACCCGGGAAGGAGGCCCCCUGCUGUAUGAAGGCAUCAGUCUCACCAUGAACUCCAAAGUCUUGAAUGGCUCCCAACGGGUGGUGAUGGAUGGCAUGAUUUCGGACAAUGAGUGCCUGGAGCUGCAGAAACUGACCAAUGCAGCAGCAACUUCAGGAGACGGCUACCGAGGUCAAACCUCCCCACAUACCCCCAACGAAAAGUUCUAUGGUGUCACUGUCUUCAAAGCCCUCAAGCUGGGGCAGGAAGGGAAAGUUCCUCUGCAGAGCGCCCACCUGUACUACAAUGUGACUGAGAAGGUGCGACGUGUCAUGGAAUCCUACUUCCGCCUGGAGACCCCCCUCUACUUCUCCUAUUCCCACCUGGUGUGUCGCACUGCAAUAGAAGAGUCGCAGGCUGAGAGAAAGGACAAUAGCCACCCAGUCCAUGUCGACAACUGCAUUCUGAAUGCUGAGACUCUUGUGUGCAUCAAGGAGCCCCCUGCCUACACCUUCCGGGACUAUAGUGCCAUCCUUUACCUCAACGGCGACUUCGAUGGAGGAAACUUCUAUUUUACCGAAUUAGAUGCCAAGACUGUGACGGCUGAGGUGCAGCCUCAGUGUGGAAGGGCUGUGGGAUUCUCUUCUGGCACUGAAAACCCACACGGAGUGAAGGCUGUCACCAGGGGGCAGCGUUGUGCCAUCGCCCUGUGGUUCACGCUGGACCCUCGACACAGUGAGCGUGACCGGGUGCAAGCCGAUGACUUGGUGAAGAUGCUGUUUAACCCAGAAGAGAUGGACGUCCUGCAGGAGCAGCCCUUGCACAGCCAGCAGGGCUCCCCCCAGCCUGGAGAAGAGCCUCUCUCAGACAGUGUGUUGAAGCACAGGGAUGAGCUAUGACAGCAUCCAGCUCACACGUGGAUGUGAUUGGACACUUGGGGAGAGCUCUGUCCUGCACCCUGGACUUGCCAGCCCCUCAGGGCUGCAGAGCAGGAAGAGCUGCAGUCUGCCGCCCAGCUGAGGGUCCUGCCCACAGCCUUCUACAUGGUGCUGCUGCUCUUGGAGUGGAUGUGGCAGGGUGCCACUCUUCCCUGGGCUUGGCUGAAGGCUUAGGACUCGGGCCCAGAACCACACCAGGGCCCUCACAGGCAGCUGCAUGACAGCAGCACAGUAUUUAAGUGUCUGUGUAGACAACCUAAGAAUAAAUGAUUUGUGGAUUUUCA